ACAUUUUUGUUUAUAAUAUAACGAAAUCUUAAGAAAAAUUAACCAGUAAAAACUUAUUUUCUUCUUAAUACAAAAUAAAAAUGGAUUGGGUCAUCGGAAAAGAAUGGAAAGAUAUAAAUAAAGGCCUAUCCAAGAAAGUUCUCGCUUUAAAGUUUGAAAAAAUACUAAAACCCACGAUAUUAUCGGUAUGUCGGGUAGAAAUAGUUAAGAUCUCAAACCUCCAGGACCGUCCAAGUUUCUAUUUACGACGAGAAAAUGAAUUCGAACUUGAUAUGGGAUCAGCAGUUACACCCCUUGAUUGCUAUAUUGAAAUUUUGGUGCAAAAUAUGUUACUUGGAGAGACAAGCCAUUGUCAAAUCAAAACAAAAAAAGGCGAACCAAUUCACUUUGACAUUACACUCAGUGCUAUUUCAACCACAAAGUAUCUAUUCCAGCUUGAUGUAAAGGAAAUCUAUGAUUUGGCACAAAAAUAUCGUUCCAAUGGAGUAGAAAUGUUCAAGACUUAUCCUAAAUUUGCUCAUGAAUACUUUACAAGAGCUGCAAAAAUCUUAACAUCAUUCAAGCCAUUUGAUGUGCUAACAAAAGAGGCAAAUGGUAUUGAUGGAGCUGAAAUGAAAGCUCUUCUACAAAUCUUACAGACGAAUAUAGCUGCAUGCUUGUUGCAAGAUCAACGUUAUGAAGACGUCUUAUUUUUGACUGAAUUUACUAAUUCCAUGUCCGCAGAUGAGGUUAAGAAUGUGGAAAAGGCACUUUACCGGCGAGCUGUUGCAUUUUAUAAUUUAAAAGCUUACCACCUAGUUAUUCAAACAUUAGAGAAAGUCGAUAAUGUUCGAGAUAAAAAGGAAUUUUUUUCAUUGUACAAUCGUACAAAACAAAAUUGGAAACGAGACGAGGAUCAAUACAAAACCAUAGUUCAGCGAAUGUUUAACUAGACUUUAAGUAAUGUUUUAUUAUAAUUAAAUGUAAAUAAAUAUUUGUUCAAAUCAAA